AUGACCGUCGUUAUUGCUUGCAGAAACAACAGUUCACCUGGGUUAAAGCGAAAUAAAGUAAGCAACCACGCGCGGCGGCGCACUGCGUUCGGCGGUUUCCGCGAGAACAGCUCCGGCGACGCAUCCGGCGUUCGAACGCGGCUCGCGGGCAAACCCCAGGACGAGCGACAGGCCGCCACGGGCGCAAGAACAGAACGCAGACCCAAGUUCCUCGAGUUGGCGUUAUUCGUCGACGAGAAGGCAUACCUGAGCUUUCGGCACUUUCUGGGCAGCGAACAGAGGCUCAUGGAUUUUCUCCUGGGCUACCUGAACCAGGUUCAGGCAAUCUACGUUCAGCCAUCCCUGAGGGAGAAGAUCUACGUAUCACUCGUUCAUCUCGAACUGCAAGAAACACAGCCGGCUGACUUGCCGCACUACAACGGCAACCGGGACAUGCUGCUGUCUUCUUUCUGCAAGUACCAGUCCCGCAGGAACCUCGCGGAAGAUUCCCGCUGGGACGCUGCCCUCUACCUGUCAGGGCUGAAUUUUUUCGCCAUUGAAGAAGGACGAAGAAAUGUGGUAACGAUGGGACUGGCUCCGGUCGGUGGCGUGUGCCACCGGGACCACAACUGCGUCAUUGCCGAGAUCGGCACGACGAGCGAUGCGGGAAAGCCGUACGCCUCGGCCGGCUGGACGUCGGCCUACGUCGCGGCCCACGAAAUCGGACACAAUCUUGGCAUGCUGCACGAUGGGUGGCCUCAAAACGACUGUCCCUCAAACGGAUUCAUCAUGUCUCCGAGUCGGGGCACCAAGGGAGAGACCACGUGGUCUCCGUGCAGUGCCCUCGUCGUCCACAAGAUGGGGGAUCGGACGUGCCUUUCGAACCGGCCCGACGGAGUGACCGGGCUGCCGGACCUAGAAGAUCCGCAGAGCCUUCCUGGACAGGAAUGGGACGCCCACGACCAGUGCAAGAUAUUUCUCCGAGACCACGAUGCCCAGCUCUACAACACGAGUCUCAUAAACAGCGUCUGUGAGCAAGUCAUCUGCAAGACGCACAAUCGCCAGGGGUACUACAAGGCAGGACCAGCUCUGGACGGUACUUACUGCGGCGGCCACAAUUUGUGCCUUCACGGUCAGUGUACGCCCGCCCGCGCGGGCUUGAUGAAGACCGUGGCUGGUGGAUGGGGUCCCUGGAGACGCGAUUCCUGUCACUCUGGCUGCCUGGACAACGCCAAGGGAUUCAGCCGGGAUCGCCGAAGAUGCGACCGUCCAAAGCCACGUAAUACGGCCGCCACCUGUCAAGGAGACUCGGUCAGGACCAGACUCUGCGACGACUCAAAGAUCUGCCAGCGCCGGGAGAACCCCGUGGACUACGCUACGCGCAAGUGCGCCGAAUGGAAGUCACUGGUCCGAGACUUGUCUUCUAAAGGAGCCCAAGUCAGGCACAACCCCGCCCGACCUUGGCAGGCUUGUGCAGUCUACUGCAAGAUCACCAACGGACCCUGGUACACUCCGCGCACCGAGCUGAACGACCUCGGAGGAUCCUUCUUUCCCGACGGCACCUGGUGCCACAGCGACGGGGGCCGGGACUUCUACUGCCAGAACCACGUGUGCCAACCCGAGCCGCCCAAGACGUCCUCGUCCAAAGGUCGUGCCCUGUGGCUCCUGCAGGACGUCGAGCCGGCGCGACUUCAGAAUGCCCGCCCGCUGGCGUCGUUGCGAGCGGCCCGCCCGUCGCCCGUAUACGACGCCGCGUUCAUCUACGAGGAAGACACGUCGCGACCCGUUGGCGUAGUUCAGACGAUUAGCACGGGCGCGGGCUCCGACGACGCCGAAGACCAGGAGUACGCGGACAAGGAUUACGUCACCCUGCCAGACAGGAUUAGGUGAUACUGGGGCAGUGGCUAGCUAGAGGCAUUUUAGCGUGCGGUAACGUCUUGCAGUCUUUCAAAACAGAAAAAACAACCGGGAGUACGUGUAAACGUACGCCUAAGAGUAUGUCUAUAGCACAUGAAACCCA